GUCUCUCCCACAGGGCCUCGCGGCGGAAAAUGGCGGCGGGCGAUGGCGCGGCAGCGGCGGAUGGCACCACGGGGCCGGGGCCGGGGCCGGUGUCGUUCGCCUUCAGCCGGAGAGCGGAGCGGCGGAGGCCGCUGCCCGCGGGACCCUGCGCGGAACAGGGCGCCGGCGGCGACGCCGACAGCGACACCGAUUUCCUGACAGCGGUGGAGGACCGGGAACUGCUCAGCACGCGCCCGGCCCCGCCCCCCAAGAAGGAGCUGGUGAUCCCCCUGAUCCCCCCCCACCGCUGGAGGAACCCGGAGCCCCCCCGCGCCGACACAAGCCCCGCCCCCAGCACAGACCCCGCCCCCGCCGGGGACCCCCCCUCCAUUUCGGUCGAGGCUCAGGCGGUGCAGGAGCUGCUGCAGGAGGCACGGCAGAGCCAGGAGCAGCCCAAUGGCGACUCGGGACCCCCCAUGGCCAUCCCCCUGCAGCUGCCGGACAAGGACGUGGCCACGGGGCCACAGCCGACCCCCCAGGACUACGAGGCCGUGCCCGUGGGCCAGUUCGGGCUGGCCAUGCUGCGGGGGAUGGGCUGGAGCCAGGGCCAGGGCAUCGGCCGCACCUUCCCCAGGGUCGUGCCCCCCCUGGAGCAGCGGCCACGCCCCCGGGGGUUGGGGCUGGGGGCCGAGGCCGCCCCCCCGGGAACCCCCAAGCCUGGGGAGCCCCCCCAGGGGGGCCCCGCCCCAGGAGACCCCGUGAGCAUCGAGAGCGGCCCUCACCGGGGGAUGCAGGGCAAGGUGGAGGCGCUGGAGCCCGAGAGCGGGCGGGUGCUGGUGCGGCUGAGCCUGGGGGGGCAGGUGGUGACAGUGACCCAGCACGGCCUGCGGGCCCUGGGCGCCGGUGCCUCGGGCCGCCCCCCCCAGCAGGAGGAGGGGGCGCAGGGGGGGGACCCCCCGCGGGGGGGGGCCAAGCGGAAGGAGCCCCCCGAGAGCCAGAGGUGUGUGAAGCAGUCUCGGGGGGCCCCCCCCGCGUCCCCCCACUGGCUGCGGCGGGACCUGCGGGUUCGCUGCGUGGACCGAGCCUUCAGGGGGGGGAGGUUCUACAACUGCAAGAUGCAGAUCGAGGACCUGCUGGCCCCCGACACCUGCGUGUGCCGCACGGACGACGGGCGCCUGGUGGAAGGCCUUCGCGAGGCCUCUCUGGAGACCGUGGUGCCGCGGGGCAGCUCGGACCGGGUCAUGGUGGUGCUGGGGGAGCACGCGGGGAAGCUCGGGCGGAUCCUGGAGCGGGAGCCGGAGCGCGGGCGGGCUCUGGUGCAGCUGGGCCGGGACGCGGCCCCGCAGGUGCUGCCGCUGCCCUACGACUCCAUCUGCCAUUACCUGGGGGGGGGAGACGACGACUGAGACCCCUCCCCGAACCUCGCGCCAGCUUCCAGCAUGGCGGCCGCGGCUUCGGCGCAAUAAAAGCUGUGGGAACGA